AGCUAAUAAAAUGGCCCCCCUAGUUAAAACAUAUCCACGUUACCUCUGCGACGGUCGACUGUAUGCGUUCUCUAAAUUUGAAAUUUCGUGUGUGUCCUGCGGACGCAAGUAUAAUAGCAAGUCUCAUGCAUAUAAUCACGCCAUCAGUCAGCAGUGCGUCCAGCCUCAUGGUGGUAAUAAUGGCAAAGAGGCCGUGGCUCCUAACGAGAUGGUCGCUGGACGCAAUGAGUCUCCUCAGCAACAAGCUCCAGUUGCGGCGGGCCCUUCGGUGGUUGACGUUGACCGUCGAACGCACGUUGAACGACUCACAGGCAACAUGGCUGGACACAAAGCGUUGACUGUAGAUGUUUACGCUAUUGGACCUAAUUUAGGUGACGUAGGACACAAGCUCGCUACAAGGAAGAAAUUUGAGAAGAACGGCACCCUUGCCGGUCUCCUGGGCUCCCUCACUGGCGAUAACGACGUCAAAAUCAUUAAAUGCAAAUGUGGCAUUGAAGAGCUGGCUGAGCUUUUCCAGCUGUUGGGGGCUGAUGUAUUCAAGUUCUCGAGUGUCGAAGAGACAGAGCAGUUCCUCGAAACUGUUUUGAAUUCGGAUGACCCGGAGUUAUUCGUCAACUCGAACACUGGCGGCCCAGCACGUGUACUGGAGGUCAACAUGCCGCUCCAGAACGUCAAGAUUAUCCGUACCAUGAUCGUCGUCUACUCAAGGGAUCUACAUUUGGGGGGCGCCCGUUUGCACGAUGGGAGACCAUCAGGCAGUCCGGAGCCACUAGGUGCUCAGCCAGCCAACACCACUAUCAUGAAGAAGGGUGCUCCACCUGCCAAAGCAGUGGCAGUCGUUACCGGUGUGACGUGCAAAAGCGGUGCAUCAGUCAUAAGCCGUACGGCCAAUGCUGCUGGGGCGGUGAUGCCGGGAACCUGCUCCAAGACACAGAUACCCUUGGGUGUUGUCCUCAAUCGGCUCAACGUACCUGCUGGUUCGGCACCAGCGGAUGCUGUGGCGGCAGCUUUGUACUAUAUCAAGCGGGGCUUCAAUGAACACAAGGGUGUCCUCCAGUUGGCAGUCAACAUGCUGCCGCCUGCUGAGGAUGGCCUGGGCCCGAUCCGCCAGAAGGACAUGACUCCAGAGCUGCAGACUGGGCAUGGUUCCCAGGCGACGGAUAAGUUUCCACGCAACGUAACAGAUGGGGACCGACAGCGUGGCAAGUUGCUGCAAACCUGCUUGAUUGCUGCGACAGGUGCAGCUGUGGAGCAGAUGUUGGCAGCAGAUUCGAGCUUUCCAUUCCUGCUGCUGCACCAGACCGCCGGCCACUUGUCCAGCGACACCAAGUACAGUGUGCCGCCAUCAAGCAGCAGCCGAACCCAGUGCCCCACAGAUGUCCAGCACCUUAUCAGGAAGCGCUCCUUGGACAUUGUGGGCCCUGCGCUGUCAAAGGGGCGAGUGCUCAGCUUGGAGGAGCUCGCUGCUCACAAUCUGGUCAUCUCGGGAUGGGAAGCUAAGGAGGCCAACCUGCGUGCGGCAGACAGCGUGCUGAGUCCCUACAAGCACGUGUUUAAUGACAAGAUCGAACUGCAGCUGGAGGAGAACGUUGCGGAUGCCAUUCUCAGACGCCAUAUCCUGAUUGGCCUCAGCCAGGACACCACAUGGGAGACAUCAGUGAAGAUCCUCCUCAAGGAUGGGGUGAACAUCCAUCCGGCCGCUGUCAAGGCCUUCGGUCCAAAGCAGGCUUUUGGCCCUGUCAGCCGUGUGGGUGCAGCCGUGGCGCCACCACCGCAGGACACCAGGCCACAGCGGACGUUGCGACCCUGGGCCACCGACGUGGGCAGCGGGGGGAGUCUGCAGCAGCCAUGAAGGCAGACAAGCAGACAGCAAAGGCUGGCUCAAAGCGCCGACGUUCUCUGCCUGAUGUCGUCUUGACUGAAGCGGAUCUCCCCUUCUUGGAAACAAAGGGGGAGGGGAAACGAUGGUGGUAAUGGACGCACAUUUAUUUUGGGACGAAUGCAUGCGUAAUGUGAUGUGAUGGACAGCCGCAGGGUCUUCUUUUAUGGAGACUGCUUUGUUUAGGACUGAAGGCGCUUUCAUAUCACGUGAUGGACAGGGUCUUGAGAUGGCUUUGCUGUCCAUCACGUGAUAUGAACGCGCCUUCCUAAUUAGGACUGAAGGCGUGUUGAUAUCACGUGAUGGAAGGGGCCUCUAUUUUAUGGAGACGGCUUCGUUUUGGACUGAAGGGGCAUUCAUAUCAUGUGAUGUUCAUUUUAUGUCCAAGUUACAAGUUCCACACAAGUGUAGGGGUGUCCAUAAAACCCAGGGGGGCCAUUGACGGUAAAUCGUUUCUAGUGCAGUUAUGUGGUGGAUCAUCAUCCCUUGUCUGCUUGAGCAUGAAGCGCCUUAGAGCGACGUGCCGGGUCUCCCAGACUUCCGAGAGGAACCUGGCCAGUGCACCAGGGGUGGGGUCUCAGUCAUAAUCAUGUGCAUGUUGCACCCUUGAAACACGAGGUCACGUUCGUACUUAGCCCGUGUACUAGUGUAUGCUGGGCAUUCCACAAAGACAUGCAUUUCGUCUUCAAUUGCCCCGCAAUCACAAACUAACGGUGGUAUGAUGCGCUAUGAGGUCGUCAACUCACAGGCCGGCUGGGGGCUCAGCUCCCAAACUCUUAAGGAAAGCUAGGACCUUGCCUGUCCAAUACUCAGUUUAGUCUGUUCAUUUUAUGGAGGGGCGUUCAAACUGUAGGGAGCGUUCAUUCCAGCGUUCGAACUGUAGGGAGCGUUCAUUCCAUUCCCUUCAUUGUGUAAUGAUGAUUUGGG